AUGGCUGCCGUCACCACAAAAUCCCUCUACAACUCACUCGGCUUGACUCACAACGUCAGCAAGACAUCCUCGGGCUCAGAGGUCCACAGCUACACAUCUGACUUGGGGCCUGAGACACCCAUAUUGACGCUGAUCCAUGGCUAUCCUCAAUCAGCAUAUGAAUGGCGCAAGGUCGUGCCGAUUCUCAAAGGCAAGGUUUCCCUCUUCGUUCCUGAACUCCCCGGCUACGGCAUCUCAACACCUAUCAAAGACAAAGACGCAAACACCAAACGCGCCGUGGGCACGGCACUUCUGGAAGCUCUCGCUUCAGUCUUCAACACCGAAACGUCGGAAAGACCCCGUAGGGUGAUCCUGGGAGGCCACGACCGCGGGGCGCGCAUCUGUCACCGCCUCGCGGUUGACUUUUCGCACUCGUCUCCAUCGCCGUACUCCAAGCUCAAGUUGACCGUCGUUGGCACCGUACUUCUCGACAUCGUCCCCACGCUCGCACAGUGGGCCGCAUUCGCCGACCCGGCCAUCUGCCAGGGCUACUUCCACUGGCCUCUCCUCGCCAAUGCCGACAUGGCAGUCGAGAUCAUCUCCGCGUACGGCGGGGCGCGGUGGUGCAGAGAAGGACAUUUACGCAUCAGUGGUCCGAACCCAGAGUCGACCGUGAGGAUAUCUUCGGACGGCGCACUGGACGUGUACGCCGAGCUAUUCGACAACAGGGAAAGCCUGUAUUAUUCAGCGCUCGACUAUGCUGCCGGCGCGGCGCCAGAGGCCACCGAGCAGAGACAGGACCAGGAGGGGGGUAGGAAAGUGGGUGUGCCGAUUCUGGUCAUGUUCUCCAAGGCAAAGCUGGGAUCCAGAAUCGACGUCGCAGACGUCUGGAAGGAUUGGGUAUCCGAGGGUGUCGACUACCAGGGUGUCGGGGUCGGUGAAGGGUACGGUCACUAUUUGCCCGAAGAGGCGUAUGAUAUCAUCGUGCCGAAGAUUGAGGAGUUUCUUAAGAAGGUGACAUGA